AUGGCUUCCUCGUCGUCAUCUUCUUUGUUACAAACGAUGAUAAAGGAAGGAGAACAUAGAAACUGGGCGGAUCUUCCUCCGGAACUGACGUCGUUAAUUCUUCAGCGUCUUGGCGCGGUUGAGAUAGUGGAAAAAGCAGAGAAAGUGUGCAGAUCGUGGCGUAGCGUCUGUAAAGACCCCUCGAUGUGGCGUAAAAUUGAGAUGCGUAGCCUUGAUCCCUGGCAACACAAGUAUCAUGAGAAAAUUUGCUGCCAUGCAGUUGAUCGUAGCCAAGGCGGCUUGGUUGAGAUCCAUCUGUGAAACUUUUGUACUAACUCUCUCCUCAGCUACAUCGCCCAUAGUUCAGGAAAUCUUAUAGGCAUUAAAGUUUCAAUGUGCAAUCUAAUAACAAGCAAGGGACUAGCCGAAGCAGUCGUGAAACUCCCAUUGCUUGAAGAACUCGAGGUUUCAGACUGCUCAUUUAUAGGAUACUGCUCAUCAUUAGGAGACACUCUGAAAGUUGUAGGCCAGUCUUGUCCAAAUCUGACGACAUUGAAAGAAAACUGUGUGGGUUACAGUCAUUCUAGAGACAAGAGUGAUUAUGUUGCUCUAGCAAUCGCUGAAACAAUGCCUGGACUUCGCCACCUCCAGCUUUUUGGGAACAAAUUAACGGAAGCCGGUUUAAACGCCAUUCUUGAUAGCUGUCCUAACCUGGAACAUCUUGAUUUACGCAAUUGUUUCAACGUUAACCUUGCUGGGGAUCUGGAGAAGCGGUGUGUCGAGAGGAUCAAAGUUGUGAGACGCCCUAAUGAACCGAUCCAUGAUUACCCAUUUGACGCGACCGUGAAUUUAGCAGAAGAUGGCUACCCUGACGACUUCUCUGAUGGUAGUAUACCAGAAGAUGAUUACAGUCACCAUAGCCUCAGCGAAAUUUUGGACUUUGAACUGCAGUACUUCUAUGAUUAAGAUGAUCUACGCUUCUAGUUUCGUUGGACUUUGUGUGUCCUUGUGUAAUGUGUGUGACCUUUAGUAAUA